UAAGGAUGGAAGAAAGUAGGAAGAAAGGCAUCAGCACAGAGAAGAGAUUCCAUAAAUAAUGGGCGUUAGAAGCGCUUUAGUUGCAAGAGAGAGUUCUUGGAGAUCAUUGAGUGGAGGAGGCAAGAAAUUAAUUAAGAUGGCAGAAGCGAAGGAAGUGAAGUUGCAUGGGUUUUGGGCCAGCCCUUACUGUUUCGUGGUCCACCAUGCUCUUAAGCUCAAGGGCGUGGCCUUUGAGUCCGUGGAGGAAGACCUCGAGAACAAGAGCGAGUCGCUCCUUAAGCUUAAUCCGAUCCACAACAAGGUGCCAGUCCUUGUGGUGGAUGGCAAGCCAUUAGCUGAGUCACUUGUCAUCUUCGAGUUCAUUGAGGAGAUGUGGAAGGAACCACCACUCCUUCCGGAGGAUCCCUACAAGAAGGCUAAGGUGCGGUUUUGGGCUGAUUUCUUCUACAAGAAGUUGCUGCCCACUGUCUACGUUAUGGGGGAGUGUGAAGACGAGGCACAGCAGAAGGCAGCCAAGGAAUUCAAAGAACACAUGAGUACUCUAGAGAGUGGCAUCCAAAAGGACUUACCAAGUGAUGGUCCAUUCAUCAAUGGAGACAAGCCUGGCCUCCUCGAUCUGAUCGUGGGUUCGUGGUCUGGAGUAUUUAGGGUUGACGCAGAACUCGUUGGAAUGGCGGAACUAGUGGAGAAGGAGAAGGUGCCACUCCUGCACUCCUGCAUUGCUUCUUUCUCAGACCAUGAGGUGACCAAGGACCUCGUUGUUCCCCAUGAGAAGCUGCUCAACCACGUUCGCGCCUUGAGGGAGAAGGCUCUGGCAUCUGCUCCAAAGUAACCUAUUUUGUGGCCAACAAUGGGAACGUCUGCUUUCCGUAAGUUGGCAGCGUGCAUGGAUGCUCGACUUUAUUGCAAUGUUAGGUUUCAGUACCUCUGAGCCUUUUGUCAUUGUUUUCAUACGAUAAUUAUCACGUCUCAAAUUCGGGACAUAACACGAUCAUGCUA